AUGCGUUCCAUCCUCGCAUUAGCGGCCCUUGCCGCCGUUGACUUCGUUGCGGGAAGCGCCUGCAAGCCCAAGGCCAGCACCACGAUCCCCUCGCUCGUUUCAUCCUCCACCGACGCCACCAGCUCAUCGACCGCUACAAAUGUCGUUACCCUCCCUAAAGUCCGCAACCUGGCCACCAAUGGAAACAUGGCCGAGAUUGAUCCCAACAACCCUCUCUCUGUUCCUGACUGGGAGGUUGAAGGCGAUGCUCGUAUUGUUGGAGGCGCUGGACGUGAAGAGCCUGGAAGUACUGAACGAGGCUGCGCUGCUAUGAGUGCUUCCAAUACUGGCAGUGGAAAGCGUGCUUUGGGAAUCUCUGUUAGUAUCUCGCAGAGCAUGUCGAACCUCGACCUCUCGACGCCUUACACCAUUCGCUUUUACUACCUUGUCGUUACAUCACCUGCGGCCAUCAACCUCUGCCAAUUGACUGGCUUUCUCGGUGGUUCCGUCUUCUACCAGAACUGGGUCUUCAGCACUGGUACAGCGGUUUCUUGGAACGAGGUUCUCCAAGCCGUGACGCCUGCGCAGGUCAAUGCUCCUCUCCGCAUUGCCAUGAACUGUCUGAUGGGUGGUGGAGCGACUGUGCUUGUCGACUCUGUCUUUAUCUCCAACGCUGUCACGCCACAGAACAUCAACAACUUUGCUGUCAACUUUGGUAACACUGGUACUGGUGCCAAUCCUCCUCUUGAUCCUCCUGUGGUUGGUCCUCAGACAACAACCAGCUCUUCCAAGCAGGAGAUUACAUCGACCACUCAGCGAUUGGAGACUACAUCUGUCCCCCAAGAUCAAGAAACCACCUCUGCUGCCCAAGAGCAAGGGACUACAUCGGCCCCCCAGACGCUAGAAACUACUUCUGCUACUCAAAAGCAGGAGACCACAUCAGCUCCUCAACAGCUAGAGACUACUUCUCUUUCCCAGAAUCAAGAGACUACUUCUGCUAUCCAAGAGCAAGGAACCACAUCUGCCUCUCAGAAGCCGGAAACUACAUCUGCUACUCAAAAACAGGAGACUACAUCUAGACCUCAGAAUCAAGAGACUGCAUCGGUCUCCCAAGAGCCGGAGACUACGUCUGCCGCCCCAGUGCAAAAUACUAAGACGGGAAGCACUAGUCAACAGAACCAGGUAACUUCAACCCAGCCUGCUUCUGAACAGACCUCAACCGGCCCCUCCGAUAUCGAGACUACCAGCAAGCCUGUGUCUCAAGCCCAGUCAUCAACUGUACCUGUUGUAGGCACAACCAGCACAGCACCCGAGCAGCCAUUCUGUUCCAAGGCCCUCAACGGCGGCUGUUGGUGGAAGCGUCCUGACAACGGCAAUGACAUGGUCAACUGUGCCAGCCGAGGUUCAUGGCCUGGAUCUACUGGCCAAGGCCAUCUUGUUCCUCUCCCUGACAACUACCCUCUUCCAUUGAGUCAGCUUUGGUGCUUGGGCUGGUGCUCUCUCUCACCUGGCUGCAAGUCAGUUGCAUUCAUCCCUGAGGAUAGAUCAUGCCGCUUUUCGGAGCACCAAGUUCAGGAUGCUGACUUCGUUCCUGGUCCUGACCCUAAUGUCGACACAGAGGGCGUGUUUUACUGGCAUGACCUUUCUUGCUUCAACUGCCCUUGUAACGAUGAGCCUUCUCCUACCACUGCAGCAUCAACCACUCAGUCUGCUGAACCUACCGAUCUUGUCAAGUUACCUGCUGCGUCCACUUGCCCCAAAUCCCUCGAAAAUGGAUGUCAGUGGAAUGAGAGGUCUCAGGGUGGCAGUCUUACCACCUGUCAAUAUAGGGGUCGAUGGCCUGGAAGCGAUGGCGCAGGCUUUGCUGUUGAGCAACCCCGUGACUAUUCUACUCCCUGGAGUCAGAUGUGGUGUGUUGCCUGGUGUUCUCUUUACCCCGGGUGCAAGUCGGCUGCCUGGCUGCCAAAUGAGCGAUCGUGUCGUUUCUCCACUCAUUCACUCUCCGAUGCUGACUUUGAAAUGGCUGCUGAUCCCAACUCGGAUUCCGUCGAGGAUGGCAUCUACUAUUGGCAUAGCCUCGACUGUAUGACCUGCCCUUGCCACGACGAUCCUACCACCUCUUUACUUCCAUCAGAAUCCACCACUCUCGUCCGCUCCGUGACGCCUAAGCCAAACACCCCAACAACCGCUACGGCUACUACCAAUGCUGUUACAGGAACCCCAACACCUGGUCCAGUAGAGCAGCCCUGUGAAUGGGAGAAUGGCCAGGGUAUCUGCUAUAGACCUUUCGAGAAGGAGCAAGGACCUUGCGGCGGAAAGCUCAUGAUCGUCAACCCAUCACAGUACACAAAGCUACCACUCAACUGGAAGCCUGAAAUCAGGGAGCCUGUCCAGUGUGCGAUUAUGUGCCAUACCAACCCCGAUUGUUACGCAUGGGGUUUUGAGUGGAGCAGCAACAUGAACUGUGUUCUUUCUCUUGGGCAAACUGAAGUUGAUCAACUGCAGGUUGUUUCUUCAGGAGCUCAGUAUCGCUGGUACUCCCAUACAUGCUGGGAGUGCAGAGACUGUGUUACACGUUGGAACUGGUCCUGGGAUUCCUUGCCUGCUGGAAACUAA